AUGUCGACCAAGUCGUACCCUCAUGUUCUCGUUGUAGGGGCUGGCAUGAGCGGGCUUACGCUCGCACACCAACUCAAGACAGCCAAUAUAUCCUUUUCCAUCUUUGAGCGCGACCCAACCAGCGAUGCUCGAACUCAGGGCUGGGCACUCUCACUCUUCGGGCCAGCACUGGCAGAUCUGGUGGAGUCGAUGCCGGAGGAGAUGGGCCCCGUUGAUCAGACGAGCCAUUUGCUUCCCCUGGAUCUUCCAGCCCAGUUUGGGAUUGACGUCAAGUACGGCAAACAACCAGCGAGGAUUGAGGAAGCUGACGAAAAGGUGACGGUACAUUUUAGCGACGGCACUUCUGAGACGGGCGACUUUCUUGUGGGUGCUGAGGGAACGCGAAGCAUGGUCCGGAAGCACAUAUUGCACGGUCAGGACGUUAUGAAGCCACUGGCACUCGGCUCUCUGGUUGGCGAAGUAGCGCUCAGCGGUGACGACUUCAAGCGCCAGCUCGCACUAGCGCACUCGGGAUACAUAGUCAUGAACUCGACACUGGGAAGCGAUGACCAGAGUGCUAUAUUUGGUGCCUUGAACAAGGUCAGCGAAGACGGAAACACAGGAUACUAUUACUUCAUCUUGCUUUGGGUUGACAAGAAUGCUCCAAACACCACGGAGGAGAACCCCAACUGGACUGUUGGGGCGACCAAGGAGCAGCUCGCUGCCUUUGCUCGUGAGAAGACGAAGGCGUAUCCAAACCACCUCCGGGAGCUUGUUGACAAAGUCCCCAUUGAAGGAUACAGCAGCCCUGGGUUUCAACUCCAGGGCGUACAAAUGACCGCUGAACAACUACCUGCUGGAAAGGUCGUCGUCAUUGGCGAUGCAGCUCAUUCUAUGACACCUUGUAAGUCUGCAUCACAAAUUCACCAACUACUCGUCACGGAGUUCCGUGACGACAUGCUCUCACGCGGUAAGUGGGCUAUCGAGGUGUCCAAUCCCGUCCUGGAGGAUUACGGCCGUGUACCCGAUUACAAGUUUGGAACCUUCGGAAAGGAAGCCGUGCCACUGCCAGAGGAGGGCGUUUCGGUUGUUGCCGUGCAGUAGGAGGUUCGAGGAGAACGAAUGUGUGCGUAAGAGUCUGUCUAGUCACAUCUCACCGUAUCACCCAGUUCAGAUACCUUGAUCAUCUGAUCGGAAGCUUGAAAAGAUGAAGUGAGUUCAAC